GUAACAGAGGAACCACAGCUGGGAGCUCGGGAGACGCGCUCGGGAAGGCACUAGCUUCAAUUUAUUCCCCCGAUCACUCGAGCAAUAACUUCUCGUCAAACCCUUCGACACCAGUCGGCUCCCCUCAGGGGCUUGCAGGCACAUCCCAGUGGUCUCGAGCGAGCGGACAGGGUGCCUUAUCUCCCAGCUACGAAGGGAGCCUCCACACCUUACAAAACAAAAUGGAAGACAGGUUGGAUGAAGCCAUCCAUGUGCUGAGGAAUCACGCCGUGGGCCAGACAGCCACCAUGCCGAGCAACCAUGGGGACAUGCACGGGCUCCUGAGCUCGGCACCGGCCCACAGUGCCACUGUGGGCAGCCUGGGCCAGGCCUUCCCUGCCUCGGUCAUGUCCCUGGGGACCAGGCACCCAAGUCUGGUGGGAGGAGGUCACCCUGAAGACGGGCUGUCCAGCAACCCCAGCAUGCUUCACAACCACGUCACCCUUCCGUCACAGCCCAGCUCACUCCCUGACCUCAACAGGCAGCAGGACACAUACAGCGGCUUGUCGGGAGGGCUGGGGCGAAGCAGUGUCUCCUCGGGAACCAGCGAAAUAAAGAGGGAAGAGAAGGAGGACGAGGAGAACACGUCAGUGGCAGACAACUCGGAAGAGGAGAAGAAGGAGCUGAAACCCUCGCGGAACAGAACAAGUCAAGAUGAGGAUGAGGAGGACGAUCUUCUUCCCCCAGAGCAAAAAGCCGAGAGAGAGAGAGAAAGGAGGGUCGCCAAUAAUGCCCGUGAGCGCCUGCGGGUCCGCGACAUCAACGAGGCCUUUAAAGAGCUCGGACGCAUGUGCCAACUCCACCUAAACAGCGAAAAACCGCAGACCAAACUGCUAAUCCUACACCAGGCCGUAUCAGUCAUACUGAACCUGGAGCAACAAGUUAGAGAGCGCAAUCUGAACCCUAAAGCAGCCUGCUUGAAGCGUCGGGAAGAGGAGAAAGUGUCCGGAGUAGUAGGAGAUCCCCAGAUGACACUUUCAGCUUCACAUCCUGGUCUAGGAGAUGGUCACAACCCUGUCGGACACAUGUAAAGAUCUUUUUGUUCCUCUGGAUAGAGAGAUCUGUAGGAAGAAAACCCUUGGUGUGACCUGCGACCUUCUCGAACCAUAAACUUUAGUACUGCUAAUACUGACACACGUGGAUGGAUCCUGGCAUGACGUAAGGGGUGGAAAAAACACUUUCUCAAAAACAAAAUGAAAACAAAAAAAUUGCCUUAAGUAUAAAGUGCGGAACAGUCAAUACAUAUCACUCAGUUAGGAGGGGGUGGCGUGUUCUCUUGGCUUGUUCACAAGCAGCCAGCAGCAAAAUUGUGCCUAAGCUUGAUAUUUCUUUUUUAAAAAAAAAAGAACAUUAGUUACGAGAUUUUUUAUGUAGAACAAAUAGCAAUGCCUUUUGGUUUUUUUAGCUUCUUUUGCAUAUGUUUUGUAAGCAACGAAAAGAAUUUUUUUUUGUAUAAAAAAAAGUCUUGUACCC